UUCUUCAGACUUGUCCUACUUCAUCACCUGUGCAGAUACAAACCACUCUGUAGCGUGAAUUGAUUGUAUCAGUCAUGACCUCACACUGCAUUAUGGCAUUAUACCAGAACACAAUGAUGUGUUGGAAAUCGUGGCCCAAGACAGGAAGGCCAUUCAGACACCUUUACCUGACCUGUCAGAAUACCGCACACCGCUGGAAUGCUUGCCUGUUCCACGCUCAUUGUAAGCAAAUGUUUAUAUUCACUUAAUUUGAAACAAUUUACGCUACACAGUUUUAAUAAUGGUUUUCACUCAUGACUGACUUGUUUGCAGAUAAUUCUGUAUGUUCGAGAUUUUAUUGAAAACAAUACAUGCACAUCGGCAUGUUUUCACCUAACGUGUUUGCAUCGCUGCCCGCGAGUGGCUGUCUUUUCGCUACAGCCCGCUGUCCACCCACAAAUACUGCAAGCCCUUAAGGCAGGUCCACACGCUACGUUUUGCACAACCUUUUGUCUGCACAGUUCAAGACGUUGCAGAUAAAACAUUGUGUGUAGACGGAAAAACUGCGCAUUUUUGACUCCAGCGCAAGACUGUACAGUUGCAGCGAUAACUGAGCUAGGAGAGCAUAGAUAUCCGUGAACUGUGCGGACAAGUCGGAACGUAUAGACGGUAGCGCCGUCUUUCGUUUCAUUUUGUGCCUCAGUUUUAAUUCAACAGGCGACAAUGGCUGACCUUAGGCAAUGUUCUCGGGAGUUCCUCACAGAAUUUAUUGCAUUAUACGAAAGUUUCUCAUACAUUUGGCGUGUCAAAUCAAAGGAUUAUAGUGACCGGGAUAAAAAGGGGAAGGCUUAUGAAAGCUUAGUGGAAAAAUUCAAAGAAAUUGAUAAAAAUGCCAACAGAGAAAAGGUGGUAAAAAAAAUAAAUUCUUUGAGAAGUGUUUACCGCAAAGAAGUGGCUAAAGUUAAUGAUUCGAUUCGAUCUGGCGCUGGAGAAGAGGAAAUCUACAAGCCAUCUCUUUGGUAUUUCGACUUGUUACAUUUCCUAAAUGAUCAGGAAACCCUAAGGCACUCUAGAAAUACCAUGGAUGAAAUUGAAAAGUCUGAAGUGGACGAACCACCAGAACAGGUAAGAAAAAAAUAUUUCAUUUAUAUGAUCAAUUUAUUAGGUAAUUCAUGUAAAUACACCAUUAACGUGGAAGAGGAUGUUCAUGAAGAUGCUACUGACAGUGGACGGAGUGAAGCAACUGCUACUCCUAUAUCCGAAGAGUCAACUGUCCAUAGUAGUAAGAUAUUGUCACGUAAUUCUUCAAGAUCUAACUCUUCAGCUCGUAAGAGAAAGGGAGUUCCAAAUGAGGAUGACACAACUGAAGUUAUGAGGUUGGUAGGAAGGAAACUGGAGUCGCUACAGGCAGAUGAUGCUUUUACGAAUAUGCCCCAACAAUUUAGAAUGCCACAUACUCUUCCAUCAACAGUUGCACAGUACCACUCCAUCUCGCAGCAGCCGCAGCCUGUAGCACAUAACUACGUCCCUGAACAACAUUUGCACACUCAAGGGUAUGCAACAACUGGGCAAAUUACGCCAGUUUCAAGCAUCAGCCCACAGGAAGGUGGACAAGAUCGACAAACAGACACCCAUCAAGACAUGACCCACUCUUCCCUUGCAAACUACGUGUCAACAUUUAAACCAAUCUGA